AUGGAGAAAAACACUGUUGUGCAACUUCGUCAAAUCGCAAAAGAUAAAGGCCUUCAUGGCUAUUCAAGACUUCGAAAAGCUGAGCUUAUCAGGCUCAUUCAGUCAAGAGCUCAGCCUACUACUCAGCCUACUACUCAGCCUAUGACUGUUGAUUGGAGUGGGAUAGGAAAUGAAGAAUGGGACAAAUGGUUAAAUGAGCAAACUGAAAAAAAGAUUGAUAAGGUUGUUGAUUGGGGAAAAAAAAAGGUUGAAGAUUGGGGUCAGUGGUUGAAAGAGACGUCAAACACACUACGAGCAGCAGUUGAUGACAAGUUGAAAGAUUUCAAACAAUAUAUCAAUAAACUCUACAAAAAGGAUGACCACCGUUUCAAACUUGUUGAGAGAGAGUCUUCAUUGAAACAGUUUACAGAGACGUACACUAUUGAUGGGGUGGGGGGUUAUGGACCGAAGGAUUUUCUUGAGGUUGUAAAACCGGUCGUUAUCAACUUUUUGAAUACACAGAAAAAUAUUAAGAUAGAGUUCAUUUUUAGGUGUGAGAUGGUAAAGAAAAAUAUUAUCACGGAUGAGGUUGAGAUGAUGAUUGCAUAUUUUAAUUCUUCGCAAAAGAUCGUCUUUCAAGAGACUGAUCGAGAAGAAAUUUAUGAUGAAUGUGUAGAGAAAAUGAUGGAGAGUUUGGCUGAGUUUCAAAGACGGGGGAGCGGAUGGGUUUUCAAUCGUGUUGAGGGUUUAGAUUUGCAUACUGUUAAGUACACCCCUUUGAAAGGCUCUUCGUACAUUAAGCUGCCAAAACAUCUCGCAAAUAAGAAGGCGAUCAUAAAUAUGAAAAAUAAAGAUGAUGAAUGUUUUAAGUGGUGUGUCACAAGAGCUUUGAAUCCUGUUCCAAGUCAUCCUGAGCAUAUCACAAAGAUUUUGAAAAAACAGGCAGAAAAAUUUGUGUGGGAUGGCAUCGAGUUUCCAAUGGAGGUGAAGAGCAUUAGUCGCUUUGAAAAGUUGAAUCCAGAGAUAGGAGUCAACGUUUACAUGUAUGAAAAUGGACUCAAUCCCUUGAGAGUGAGCAGCAGAGGUCAUGCUGUAAAUGUAGUUGAUCUUCUUCUUAUUACUGAAGGUGACAAAAAGCAUUACUGCCUCAUCAAAAAUUUGAGCCGACUCGUAUCGAGUAGCCUAUCAAAAAAUGGGCAUAAGAAGUUUAUCUGUAGGAGUUGUCUUAAUUAUUUCGGUUCUCAGCGAGUUCUUGACACACACAGCGAGUUGUGCCAAGAUCACGAGGCUGUGAGAGAGAGGGUACCAAAAGAGGGGACUUAUCUCUCUUUUAAGAAUUACCAGAAGCAGAUGAACAUGCCAUUCGUCAUCUAUGCAGACUUUGAGUCGUUAAUCAAACCUUUAGACACCGUUCAAGCAGAUCCGAAAGAGUGUUACACUGAGAGGAAGCAACAACAUAUUCCAAUAAGUUUUUGUUACUACAUCAAAUGUUCAUUUGAUGAUAGAUACUCAAAACGGGUUGAGUAUACAGCCAAGUCUGACGAUGAAGAUGUGGCGCAAACAUUCGUUGAAGCGCUUGAAGCGGAGGUUAAGAGCAUAUACAAAAAUCAUCCCACAAAGGAGAUGAUCUUCACAGACAGUGAUGUUGUUGCAUUUAAAAACGCAACAUGUUGUUGGCUGUGUGGAGAAGAUUUUGAGGAGGAGAAAGACAAAGUGAGCGAUCAUUGCCAUUACACCGGCAAAUUUCGAGGGGCCGCGCAUAACAGCUGCAAUCUCAAAUUCCAACGACCAAAAUUCACGCCUGUCGUGUUGCACAACUUGGCAAACUAUGACGCUCACCUCUUCGUUAGAAAUCUUGGUGUUUCAGAAGGAGACAUUGAUUGCAUCCCCAACAACGAAGAGAAAUACAUUAGCUUUACGAAACACGUUGUGGUUGACAAGUUUUUCAACAAAGAAAAAGAAAAAGACGUCGAGGUAAAGAGAGAGUUGAGAUUUAUUGACAGCUUCAAAUUUAUGGCUUCCAGUCUUGACAAGCUCGUUAACAACCUUGCCAAAAAGGGUGAGUCUUUCUUCCAAAACACAAGAAAGUAUUAUUCUGGAGAGAAGCUUAAUCUGCUGAUGCGAAAGGGUGUUUAUCCCUAUGAAUGGGUGAACUCGAUACAAAAGCUUGAUGAGACACAACUUCCGCCGAAAGAAGCUUUCUUCUCCGUGUUAAGUGGUAAAGGUAUCUCGGAUAAAGACUAUAUCCAUGCUCAAAAUGUAUGGAGCGUCUUUGGAUGUAAGACAUUCCGAGAUUAUCACAAUCUCUACAAUCGAAGCGACGUUCUUUUACUGGCGGAUGUGUUUGAAAACUUUCGAGAACUUUGCAAAGAGAACUACACUCUCGAUCCUUGUUGGUACUUCACCGCACCGGGUUUGGCUUGGGAUGCUUGUCUCAAGUUGACUGAGAUAGAACUUGAGUUGCUGAGUGAUAUAAAUAUGUUGCACAUGUUUGAGGCCGGCAUUCGCGGUGGGAUUUCAAUGAUUUCGACAAGGCAUGCAAAAGCCAAUAACAAAUACAUGGAAAAAAGCUUUGACCCUACCCAACCUUCAAAGUUUAUCACAUAUCUCGAUGCAAACAACCUUUACGGUUGGGCGAUGAGUAAGAGUCUGCCGACGGGAGGUUUCGAAUGGGUAAACGAGAAAGAUUUUGGAAAAUGGGAAAGCUUCGCUUGCAUUCUCGAAGUCGACCUAAAAGCCGUCAAAGAAGAGCUUCACGAUCACUUUAACGAAUAUCCACCCGCUCCUGAGAAUCUAUUGAUUGGUAAAGUACAUAAGCUGGUCUGCACGUUAAACGAAAAGAAGAAGUACAUCGUUCAUCACGAGACAUUGAAGCUUUACAUGAGUCUGGGAAUAGAGAUUGGAAAGAUUCAUCGCGUCAUUAGGUUCAAUGAGAGUCCUUGGAUGAAAGAGUAUAUCGAUUUGAACACAAAAUUGAGAGCCAAAGCAAAGAAUGACUUUGAAAAAGACUUCUACAAGCUGAUGAACAACGCUGUCUUUGGCAAAACCAUGGAGAACAUUCGAAAACGCGUCGACGUGAGACUUGUUACCAGAGAAGAGAAGGCAAAGAAGUUGACAAAUAAGGUCAACUUCAAACACCGAACCAUCUUCUCUGAAGAACUUUGCGCAAUACAUAUGGGAAAGACGCAGAUUGUCUUCAAUAAACCACUCUAUCUUGGGAUGAGCAUCCUCGAUCUCAACACUGAUAGUCUUUGUUAUGAGAUUCACACAUCAGAUUUUUACAAAGAUAUAACCAGUGAUGUAGACCGUCUGUUUGACACGAGUAACAUUCGAGAGGGGCACUCUUCUGGGAUACCGACCGGUGUGAACAAAAAGGUGAUUGGAAUGUUUAAGGAUGAGGCAGGUGGAAAGAUCAUAGAAGAGUUUGUUGGCCUGAGGGCUAAGUUGUACAGCUACAAGAUGUUUGAUGAUGGGGAAGAAAAGAAAAAGUGCAAGGGUGUGAAGCAGGGAGUGGUAGAUCGCACGAUUAGCUUCGAUGACUACAAGAGAUGUCUGUUUGGUGGUGAAAAACAACUGCGAAAAAUGAACACACUUCGGAGCCGAAAACAUGAGAUGUAUAUGGAAGAGAUCAAUAAGGUUGCACUAUCUGCAGACGAUGACAAACGAAUCAUUUUACCAGACAAAAUACACACGUAUGCAAUAGGACAUUGUAGAGAUGCUGACAAUACAACACACUUAAAGACAAAUGUCGCGCCGUCAAAAUUAUACCAUAUGCGCAAUAAUUUGACGUGA